GCCUAGCAUUUUUCUGCAGCAGUCGACUUUAUCGAAAGUUAGCUCAGCUCGUUGUUGUGAAUUCCGGUACUAAUUUGCCGAAACAAAGUCAAGCAUCAUUUAGGAGCGCAGUUUGAAAAACUUCUGGUAUCAAGAUGAAAGCGAAAAUACUGAUGAUUGGACCAACAGAGUCUGGGAAGACGAUAAUGUCCAACUUUCUUGCUGAUGCAACUGAUGUAUCUGGUGGUGACUACCAUCCUACACAAGGUGUCAGGAUUCUGGAGUUUGAAAGCGGAUCUUUGAACGUCGGUAAUAGAUCGCUUAUAGCUGAAGUUGAGCUCUGGGAUUGCAGUGGAGAUCAAAAAUUUGAUGAAUGUUGGCCUGCUUUCAUGAAAGAUGCAUCAGGUGUUGUCAUAGUCUACAAUCCAGACCAAGCAAGUCAUGAGAGAGAAUUGGAUACAUGGUACAAUCAUUUCAUAACUCAACAAGGACUGAAAGAUUCGCAAUGCAUCAUUUUUGGACAUCAUCGGCCAAACACUUCCCAGGCGGUUCGGGUACAAAUACCAUCUAACAUGACGCGGGUCAAUCAUGUACAAACAAACCUGGAGGAUGAAUCUGACCAAGUGAGGGCGGACUUCAACUUGUUCCUCAGUAAGGUACUUGGUGCAAUCAGCAAGAGGCAAGAUCAGGAGGAACUCAGUAUCAUUCAGUGAAAUCCUUGGUCAUAUAUGAAAACAAAAAAAUAUUAAAUCACCUUGAUUAUAAUACAGAGUAGGUCUGCUCAAUAUGAUUGAGAUAAUGUUGGCAUUUUGACAUUGGGACCUCGAUAAGGAGAAGAUAUUUAGAUGACUAUAUUUCACCUUGAUGAUAAUAGUCUGUGAGAUACAUGUAGGCACUGCUUGUUACGAUGGAUCUCAUGGAAUUUAACAAUUUAAAUUCACCAGAAUAUUAUCUUGUGAAAGCCGAGGAAAGGCGAGUCCAAUUUAGGGCCUUACUGCGACACUUACCUAGUUUCCUUUCACUCUUAUGCAAGCAAUAAUUUUGAUGAUAUCAAAUUUUGAGCAGUGGUGUAGAUAAGAAAAUCCAAGCCAGGUUACUGAAGGCUCUGUGGCUGAGCUUUACCGGGUUUUAAUAACAUCACAUAAGACACAGGUCCUUGUCUAUUUAACCAAGGAUUCUACAAGGGGAAGAUCAGACGCUUCGGCAAUUUCUUGAAACGCUCGAUUAAUGCCCAUGGGGAAGGGUGCCCACUAGUGUUGAGUAAGUAAACCAUUGCACAUCGGCACGCGUCUGUGUAUGAAACAUGUGGGGAAAAGGAGAGGGGAUUUUGGAGAGGGCACAAGGGCAACGCAUGGGAAUAAUUCCACCUUUUAUUACCCCAAAGCCUCUGAAAUAUAUUAAUCUCUUAUUGAAGAAAAAUGUACAAAUUGUCUAUUCCUUCACCCCUCUACAGACCUUCAUUUUUGAGGAGCGCAAUCGCGCCGGCGCUCCUGAAAAAAAUGAGAGCAAAAAAUCGCACUCCUA